GGGACAACGGUCGCAAGCCAUUUCACCAGGCACCACCAACCAUCUACUUAUUUUGCAGAGCAUAAUCUCAAAAAGCUUCAAAUAUCUGAGUUUGAGAGAGAGAGAGAGAGAGACAGAGAGAGAGACAGAGACAGAGAGAGAGAGAGAGAAUGGGAAGUUCAUCGGGGCUUGUGGACUGGAGAGGACGGCCAGUGAACACCAAGAAGCACGGAGGAGUGAGAGCUUCAAUCUUCAUUCACGCACUGGUGCUGCUCAGCAACGCGGCCAACAUUGCCAACAUCUUGAAUCUUGUGAGCUACCUGCGCGGAAAGAUGCACAUGGACGUCGCCAAGGCCUCUACGAUGGCGAGCAACUUCUUUGCUGCACUGCAAAUGUUCUCCAUCCCAGCAGCUUUCCUCGCCGACUCCUACACUAAACGCUUCUACACCGUCCUCUUCUUUGGACCUAUUGAGAUAUUGGGCUACAUCCUUCUGGCCGUCCAAGCGCAUGUUCCAUCCUUGCACCCGCCAUCGUGCAUCCCCAGCCAGACGAACACAUGCGAGACGGUGCAUGGAUCCAAUCUGAGCCUGCUCCUCCUUGGCCUCUACCUGAUCCCCAUCGGUGAUGGUGCGGCUCGUGCAUGCCUACCCGCACUUGGUGGGGACCAGUUCGACGCGGCCGACCCCGUGGAGCAGCGCCAGGAGGCGAGCUUCUUCAACUGGUACACCUUCGCCGUGUCAUCAGGCGGGUUUGUGGGGCUCGUGUUCGUCGUGUGGGUGGAGAACAGCAAGGGAUGGGAUCUCGGGUUCGCCGUGUGCGCCUUAUGCGUGCUGCUAGGGAUGUUCAUAUGGAUUGCCGGGUUCCCGUUCUACAGGAACCAGCUGCCCAGCGGAAGCCCCGUCACAAGGAUCUUGCAGGUUCUUGUAGCAGCAUUCAAGAAAAGAAAUGUUCAAUUACCAGAGAACCCCAGUGAGCUACAAAUCAACCAAGAUGAUGCCAAUGCUAUUGAAAUGCUGAAAAGAACAGAGGGGCUUCAGUGCCUUGACAAAGCUGCAGUAGACACCGGGAAGACCGGUGCUUGGUCACUCUGCAGCAUAACCCAGGUGGAGGAGACCAAGGUCGUCCUUCGCAUGGUGCCCAUCUUCCUCAGCGCCAUCCUAGGCUACAUCCCCGUGCCGCUGAUCCUCAAUUUCACCGUCCAACAGGGAAACACAAUGGACACCAAGCUCGGCACGAUCCACAUCUCUCCUGCAACGCUCUUCAUCAUCCCUACCGUCUUCCAAAUGGUGAUCCUCAUCGUCUACGACCAAUUUAUCGUCCCCUUCCUGCGCAGAAUCACCGGGUAUGUGGGUGGUAUCACACACCUCCAGCGCAUCGGCAUCGGGUUUCUUUCAGCCACGGUGGCCACCGGAGUCGCCGCCCUAGUGGAGACAAAGAGGAAGAGGGUGGCCGAAGAGAAUGACCUUAUGGAUGCGACCACUGGGAUUCCAAUGUCUGUGUUCUGGCUUACUAUGCAGUUCUUCCUCCUAGGGGUGGUGGAUGUCACCUCAUUUGUAGGCCUACUUGAGUUCUUCUAUAGCGAGGCGUCCAUGGGGAUGAAGUCCAUUGGGAGCUCCGUCUUUUACUGCAUUCUUGGGGUGUCAGCUUGGCUUGGGAGCCUGCUGAUCCAGGUGGCGAACCGGGUUACGAGGCGUGGCGAUGGGACAGGAGGGUGGCUCGAUGGGACCAACUUGAACAUGGGAAAGCUUGACAGGUUUUAUGGGCUGCUUGCAGUUCUUGAGCUGGUGUCGUUAUUGAUCUACAUCUUCUUUGCGAGGAGGUAUGUGUACAGGAAUGACCAAAGAGUGGUGAUUGAAGGAGAUAAGAAGAUUACAUUAGAAGAUAGUGUGGAUGUGAUCUGAUGAUCUGAAAUUGGGAAUAUGAAGGAUUAUCGUGCAGUCAUGCAAUUGUAUUAGAAACAUCAUGCUUGUUUUGUAACUAAGCCGCAACCAGGGGACCCAUGUAUGUUAGUAGCUUACAGCUCUGAGUUGAAUAUAAAUCCACUGAAACCCAACAUGGUGCUUUAGAUAUGUCCGCGUUAGACCUCGUAUGGAAGUCGAACUGUUUCCUGUGAAAGUUGUACAAUGUUCCAAAAAGCACUGAACUUCGCACCGCACAGAUGCAUUGUUUCAUUCCUACUCAAUAAAGUUAGGGCCUCUUUCCUUAGGCUGAAGCUUUUUUAAAA